AUGCAUCCAAAAAGCACCCCCUUAAGGGAAAUUGAUCCCUCCACAAUCAAGCCCAUUGGGCACAUUACGAGUUCUGAUGCAUCCUCAAUAUUUGAUGUAGAAGUGGAUGGACAAGAGUACGCAUUGAAACUUUUCCACGACAACGGCGACCCUGGAUAUGCCAAGAAUGGCCGUGAUCUGAACCGAUUUCGCUGCGAAUUCAAUGCAUAUGAGAAGCUCGUCAGGUAUGGUGUCUGUGAGUGCCACGUCGCUCCAAAAUUCCACGGCUACAUCGAUAGAAUGGAUCCGGCGCUAUUCCAUCCGACUUUCCAAAAUUUCGCCCAUGACAAGUUCCAACCGAGGGGGCUGUUACUAGAAUACUUCCCGAUCGCAGAGAGUUUGAAUUGCAUGAAUUUCUCGGAUGCGCUCUUUCCCCAGGCAAUUGAGGGCAUGAAGGAGAUACAUGAAGCAGGCGUUCACCACCAAGACAUCCACCCUAAAAACAUACCCCUUGUUCGUGGAAACCCUGACAGGCUCGCCUGGAUUGACUUUGAUGUUGCAACGACCUUUACCGACUUUGAGCCUGAACAGCUCGCGCGCUCUGCCCACGAAAUCGAGCUCGUGAAGGGAUUUGGCGAUGCGCUGAGAGAUGACCAGGCCGAGGGACUACCUCCGGAUACUAAAUUUUAUUGA